GGCCCCAAUUGUUCCUUAUCUCUUCCACGCUUCAGCCCCCUGUGCUAUUUCAUUGAACGUCUCACCCGUUACAGAUCUUUCUUAUCGUUCUCUCCGCGAAAAAUAAAGAAAAGAAAAUCGAAAAAGAAAAAUCUGAUUAAUUAAAUUAAAGCUUCCUAGAGAAAACCAUUCGAGCAUAUGGAGAAUACCUAGCGGAUUUUCUUCUGUUUCAGUAAAUCUGAGAUGAAGAUGAAAAGAGAACACCCAGAUAGCUGUGGUGGAGCUCGAGCAGGAGCUCUUGGCUAUGGUGGCACCAACAUUAAUGGUGGAGCUAAUAAUGGUGGCGAAUGUUCUUCAUUGCCAAACAGCAAGGCUAAGAUUUGGGAGGAAGAACAAGAAACUGGAGGAAUGGAUGAGUUGCUCGCCGUUUUGGGCUACAAAGUCCGUUCGUCUGACAUGGCCGACGUUGCUCAGAAGCUUGAGCAGCUUGAAAUGGUGUUGGGGUCAGCUCAGGAGGAUGGAAUUUCCCAGCUUUCCGAUACUGUCCACUACAAUCCAUCCGAUCUAUCUGGUUGGGUCCAAAGCAUGCUCUCCGAGCUAAACAACCCACCUACAAAUCUGGAUCCUUCCUCCGUUCUCACCAACCGUCAAAUCGACGAUUCUGAUUUCCUCCCUCCACCUGAGUCAUCUUCCAUCAUCGCAGGUGUCGAUUUCUCCGCAGAUGAUUCCGAGUACGACCUCCGUGCCAUUCCCGGCGUCGCCGCAUACCCACAUCCGCGAAUCGAGUCUCCAUCGGAUGACAAUCCUCACAAGAGGUUGAGGACCUCAAUUGGGUUGGAGGAGGCGAACGAGGUUGCCGAAUCAGCCGAGUCGGCACUGGCAUUAGUUAUGGUCGACUCGCAAGAAACCGGGGUCCGACUUGUGCACACGCUGAUGGCCUGUGCCGAGGCGGUUCAGCAGGACAAGUUGAAGCUUGCUGACGCUCUGGUCAAGCACAUCGGCAUGCUAGCAGCGUCUCAGGCUGGCGCUAUGAGGAAGGUCGCCACCUAUUUCGCCGAAGCUCUGGCGCGUCGAAUUUACGGAAUCUACCCCUCCGAUUGUUUGGACUCUUCAUACUCAGAUAUGCUUCAGAUGCACUUCUAUGAGACUUGUCCUUACCUCAAAUUUGCCCACUUCACAGCUAAUCAGGCCAUUCUCGAAGCUUUCGCUACCUCCAACCGGGUUCACGUAAUCGAUUUUGGGCUCAAACAAGGGAUGCAAUGGCCAGCCCUGAUGCAGGCCCUGGCACUGCGUCCCGGGGGGGCUCCGGCGUUUCGGCUCACCGGAAUUGGGCCGCCGCAGUCGGAUAACACCGACGCGUUGCAGCAAGUGGGUUGGAAGCUUGCCCAGUUGGCGGAGACCAUUGGAGUUGAGUUUGAGUUUCGUGGGUUUGUGGCUAAUAGCUUAGCCGAUCUCAAACCGUCCAUGUUCGAUCUUCGGCCGGCAGAGGUGGAGACCGUGGCGGUGAAUUCCGUUUUCGAGCUACAUCGUCUCUUGGCCCGACCCGGUGCCGCCGAGAAGGUAUUCGGAUCGAUCAAAGCCAUGAGGCCCAAGAUUGUAACUGUGGUGGAGCAAGAAGCGAACCACAACAGCCCUGUUUUUCUUGACCGAUUCACGGAAUCACUCCAUUAUUACUCUACACUUUUCGACUCCCUCGAGGGAUCUUCGUCGUCUACACCACCGAGUCAGGACCUGGUCAUGUCGGAGGUGUACCUUGGAAAACAGAUAUGCAACGUUGUGGCUUGUGAAGGCCCGGACCGGGUCGAAAGACACGAGACUCUGGACCGAUGGCGUGGUCGAUUCGGAAUGGCCGGAUUUGACCCGGUUCAUCUGGGUUCGAACGCAUUUAAACAGGCGAGCAUGUUAUUGGCCCUUUUCGCUGGGGGCGAUGGGUACAGGGUGGAGGAGAACAAUGGGUGCCUCAUGCUGGGAUGGCAUUCUCGGCCGCUCAUAGCAACUUCGGCAUGGCAACUAGCCACCGAUUCCUGAUGAGUUAACUCAAUUCAACUGAGUUCAGAGGAAAGCCCAACUCGGAAGAUCCAAUGAUGACCCAGGCCCGACAGACCGACCCAGAUCCAGAUGAUAACACUGAGUGAAUACGACUUUACUUGGCUGACGCUGAAUUGGGUUGUGAGUACGAGAGAGAGAGAGAGAGAGAGAGUGGGACAGUACAUGAGUUGAAAGUUGAAACGAGUCCAAUCAAACUUUGUAAAAAUCUGCACCUGUUGUUGAACUCCCACUUUCCUUUUUAAUCUACUUUUCUUCUAUCUUAUUUGUUUACUUUAAUUUAGUUUUUAUUUUCUUUUCUUUUCUUUUUCAGAGUCAUGAGUUACAACUUUGGAUCGAUAAAUAAGAAUCAGUAUUGUAUUCAUAUUUUUA